AUGUCUACCAACAAUUUGAGGCUGACUAUGAUGAUGGAGCGCAAGCCUGAGGUUAGCGAGGAGGAGUUCCACAGAUACUGGACAGAGAAGCACCCGGCUAUUGUCAACGAGUGGCUUGCGAAGCACGGUGUCGUACAAUAUGUUCAGUAUCACCUACCAUCAGCAUUCCGCGCGCAGAGUGAGAAGGUCUGGACCGAGCUCGGAUCCGAGAACGUCAGCGAAUACGACGGCCACGUGGAGCUCACAGUCCCCAACAUCGAGGCGCUGGAGAAUGCCUUGGCUGAUCCCUACUACAAGUCUCAUGUGCAGCCUGACGAGGCGAAGUUUAUCGACGCAAACGGGUGUUACCGCACAUUUGGGUAUCAGCAGAUAUACAUCAAGGACAACAAAGUAGUCUCCAGCUAA